AUGAAUGUUUAUGAUUCCUUCGGAGGUACAGUCUCAACAGGACAGCUAUAUCACGAGAAACAACAAAUGCAACUCUGUUUAAUGCAUACGCUGAAUACAUUGCUGCAGAGAAAUGAAUUUAAAAAGAUUGAUUUGGAUUGUAUUGCGGAAAAUUUACAUAGGUCGCGCUGGUUCAAUCGACACCGUUCAUUGUUCGGUUUUGGUAAUUAUGACAUCAAUGUACUGAUCGCGGCAUUGGAAACACGAAAUCUAAUAUUGAAUUGGUUUGAUUCGAGGCGUUCCACUGCUUGCUUGAAUUUUUCGAAAAUUUUCGGUUUCAUAUUCAAUAUCACAUCACGUGGCUUUAUACCGUUUUGGACAGGGCAUCACUGGUUUACUGUACGGCAAAUAGGUGUUGCUGGAUUUUUCAAUUUCGAUUCAAAACUGAACGAACCAGCACCAAUUAAUGACUUCGUUGCAUUUUCAGAUUCGUUAUUAGCAAAGGGAGCUCAGUUAUUAGUUGUCGUUGAACCUCAAAAUGCUAACAAUUAUUUGCUCGAUAAUGAUUUUUCGGUUUAA